GUGUCAUGUUACUGGUAAGAUGCAGCUAAUUAAUUACAAAUGGAAGAGACUGAAGAAACCCCAUGUGAAAUUCUUUUUCCACAGAAAGGAUCUGUCUUCAAGCUAAAAGUCAAAAGUGGGUCAAGAGUUCAAAAGGGAUCCGUUUUGUGUCUGUAUAGAACUGAAGAUAAUUCUAAGUUCAUUGAAAAGCUGCGGGCCACAAAAAACGGUAUCGUGAAAGACUUGGCUGUGGCGAACGGACAACAUCUGGAGGCCGAUAGUUUAAUGAUGUGUAUAGAGCCAGAGACAUGUCAUCACCCGAUCGUGGUGAAAAUGAUAUGCGCGGACUGCGGGAAGGAUCUCAAACCCCAGUACAUGGACUCGGAGGUUAAGGGAAUCUGUUCUAAGAGUGCAAAUCUGGCCUCUGCAUCUGUCUCUAUGAUUCACAACGUGCCAGAACUCAUGGUUUCAUCAGACAUUGCUCAGGACAUUGCCAGCAAGGAUGUGAGCAAUUUGCUGGAAGCUCGCAAACUGGUGCUAAUCGUAGACCUAGAUCAGACUCUAAUUCACACUACAAAUGAUGAUGUACCUUCAAACCUCAAAGACGUGCAUCAUUUCCAGCUACAGAAAAACGGUGCCUGGUACCACACUAAACUACGACCAGGCACCAAUGAGUUCCUAGAAGAGAUCUCGAAGUACUUCGAGCUGCAUAUAAUCACGUUUGGAGUCCGACUUUAUGCGCAUAUCAUAGCGUCUAUUUUGGAUCCCGAGGAAAAAUUUUUCCAUCACAGAAUAAUGGCGAGAGAUGAAAUUCACCUGUUUGGCAGCGACAAAACAGCAAAUAUUUCAUCGCUUUUCCCAGUGGGAGACGAAAUGGUCUGCAUUAUUGAUGAUAGAGAUGAUGUGUGGAGGUACAAUGAAAAUGUGAUUAAGGUUCCGGCUUACAAGUUUUUUCCUUCGACUGGAGAUAUAAACGAUCCAAAGGGCAGACCAAAACAGACACCAGAAACUCAGAAAUCAAAAUCAACCGCACAUUCAGACAUCAGGAAAGAAAAUAAUGACAACGAAAAGCCAUUAAAAAAAGACAGUGACGAAACUCAAAAUAAUCAGCAAUCCGGGCAAUUAAUUACGGAAAAAAUUGUGACGGAAAGCUUGGGUAGUUGCGCUGGGGACAUUUCUAAAGCGCCACGAAGUGGCGAGGAUCACGAAGUUCAGUCAAGUGCAAAAAGAGUGCGAUUUAGUCUCCCUGCGGAUAAAUCGGAAGUCAGUUUAGAGACCCAUGAAAGAGAAUCAGCAGCUACAGAAACAGCUUUUACUGGGGAUAUUUGCUCAGAAAGUUCGAAAGCUGACACUGAAAAGUUGAAAGAAAAUCAUGAUUCUAAUUUGAUGGUAGAUUUCACGAGUAGUACAACUGAGAUGGCUCAGUCUGCGAAUCCAACCAAACCCGAGGAAUCAACGAGUCAGUCGCCUAAGAGAAAAAGAAGAUCUUUUCUGGACGAUGAUGAUGAAACUUGUAUGAUGAUGAAAAAUGGAUGCAGUGAGGAUGCAAUGGUAUUUCAUGUGACUCCAUCAGAAUUGAAGUCAGCAGUCAAGGAAGAUAAAAAUGAUACACCGGAGCAUCGUGAAAGAUCCGCUAAGCUUGCUGCUGGGAAAGGAGUUUUGAAGUCAUGUCUCAUAGACAUGAAUUUCGAGAUGCCUUCGAAUUCUGACGAGAAUGAGGAGAUAGUUUGGGAAGACGAUGACGAGUUUUUGCCCUUCCUCAAAAACAUUCUGCUUAAAGUUCAUCACAAAUUUUACGAAAGAUACGAAAAUAAUUGCAAAAGUUGUUUUAAUGGUCCACCUAAUAUUCCAAACGUGAAAGAUAUCAUUAACGAGACGAAACGCGAAGUAAUAGAAAACUGUACAUUAGUAUUCAGUGCUGUUGUUCCGACUAAUUUUCCGAUAGGCAACAGUCGGGAAUACUUAGAGGCGAAGUCUCUUGGUGCUACUGUGAUGGAGACUAUGGACCUGAGUAAGUGUACUCAUGUUGUUGCAGCUAGACAAGGGACCCACAAAGUACACCAAGCUAGAAAAUCGAGUCGCAACAUCAAAAUUGUGAACCCUGAUUGGUUGUGGUCUUGUUCACAAAAGUGGGUCAAAGUUGACGAGAAAGAGUUCAAUCUUGAAAAUUUUGACCACACGAAAUCUCUGAAAACGUCAUGGUACCCUAGUCCUCGAAACAACUUCAAAGAAGCUAAGCCGGAACAAACAAACGAAUCGGUAGCAUUAAGUGACGUGCAUUCAAUAAUUGGGUCAGAAAAUGCAUGCAACAAUGUGAGCGUGCCAGAAAAAACUGAAGAUAUUACAUCAGAGAAAAAAAUCACUGGCGAACAUAUGGAUACUACAGGUUCCAGAGCUUUGAAAAACGGUGCUACAGGUUGUGAUACUGAACAAGAGAUUGAAACAGAAAGCAAAAAUGAUGAUGAAGAAAUGGACGACAAACAAGCAAGUUCAUCACCUUCAAUUGAAUCAGACACGACAGAGUCGGACAUGAACUCGGAAAAUGGCGAUUGUUAUCAAUAUGAAAUUGAUUUAAUCGAGUCAACUCUGCUUUCUAAUAUAACUAAUGAACCCAGUUAGUUAUCCAGCCUAAUUUAAAUGGAUGGUGUUAAAUUAAUUUAUUUGUGUAAA